GCCGCACACGGAGCCAUGUACCCGGGAGCCAGCACCGCCGGACCCGUGCUUGCACCUCCUCCACCGUUGCCACCACCAGUACAGGGAUAUGCCUUCAAACCUCCUCCUCGCCCAGAUUUUGGGACUUCUGGGAGAACAAUCAAACUGCAGGCCAACUUCUUUGAAAUGGACAUUCCUAAAAUAGAUAUCUACCAUUACGAGUUGGAUAUAAAGCCAGAAAAAUGUCCUAGAAGAGUUAAUAGAGAAAUAGUGGAGCAUAUGGUUCAGCACUUUAAAACACAGAUUUUUGGGGAUCGCAAGCCAGUGUUUGAUGGAAGAAAAAACCUUUAUACAGCUAUGCCACUUCCCAUUGGAAGAGAUAAACAGGUGGAGUUGGAGGUCACGUUGCCAGGAGAAGGGAAGGACAGAAUAUUUAAGGUGGCUAUAAAGUGGAUGUCCUGUGUGAGUUUGCAGGCGUUACAUGAUGCUCUUUCUGGCCGGCUGCCGAGCGUCCCAUUUGAAACCAUCCAGGCACUGGAUGUAGUGAUGAGGCACUUGCCUUCCAUGAGAUAUACUCCAGUGGGGCGAUCUUUUUUUACAGCAUCAGAAGGGUGCUCAAAUCCAUUAGGUGGUGGCAGAGAGGUUUGGUUUGGAUUCCAUCAAUCAGUCAGACCUUCCUUAUGGAAAAUGAUGUUAAACAUUGAUGUAUCGGCAACUGCAUUUUACAAAGCACAGCCAGUUAUUGAGUUUGUAUGUGAAGUUUUGGAUUUCAAAAGCAUUGAAGAACAACAAAAACCUCUGACAGAUUCCCAAAGGGUAAAGUUUACCAAAGAAAUAAAAGGUCUAAAGGUGGAGAUAACACACUGUGGACAAAUGAAAAGAAAGUACAGAGUGUGCAACGUCACCAGACGACCAGCAAGUCACCAAACAUUCCCACUUCAGCAGGAGAAUGGACAAACAGUUGAAUGCACUGUAGCUCAGUAUUUUAAGGACAGGCACAAAUUAGUUUUACGCUAUCCUCACCUUCCAUGUUUACAAGUUGGGCAGGAGCAGAAGCACACGUACCUUCCUCUUGAGGUGUGCAACAUAGUGGCAGGACAAAGAUGCAUAAAAAAACUCACUGACAAUCAGACUUCCACUAUGAUUCGAGCAACAGCCAGAUCAGCACCUGACCGUCAGGAAGAGAUUAGCAAAUUGAUGCGGAGUGCGAGUUUUAACACUGACCCUUAUGUUCGUGAAUUUGGGAUAAUGGUGAAGGAUGAAAUGACAGAUGUGACUGGUAGAGUCCUACAGCCUCCCUCAAUCCUCUAUGGAGGCAGGAAUAAAGCAAUUGCUACACCAGUUCAAGGAGUUUGGGACAUGAGGAAUAAACAGUUUCACACUGGAAUUGAAAUAAAGGUUUGGGCAAUUGCAUGCUUUGCUCCCCAGCGCCAAUGCACUGAAGUGCAUCUUAAGACCUUCACAGAGCAACUGAGGAAGAUUUCCAGAGAUGCAGGAAUGCCAAUCCAAGGGCAGCCAUGCUUCUGUAAAUAUGCCCAGGGAGCUGACAGCGUGGAGCCCAUGUUCAGGCAUCUCAAGAACACUUACACCGGACUGCAGCUCGUUGUAGUAAUUUUACCAGGAAAAACACCAGUCUAUGCGGAGGUGAAGCGUGUUGGUGACACAGUGCUGGGAAUGGCUACGCAGUGUGUUCAGAUGAAGAAUGUGCAGAGGACAACACCUCAGACUCUGUCUAACCUCUGCUUAAAAAUAAACGUCAAAUUAGGAGGUGUAAAUAAUAUUUUACUGCCACAGGGAAGACCACCAGUAUUCCAACAGCCUGUCAUAUUCCUUGGUGCAGAUGUAACCCAUCCUCCAGCUGGAGAUGGAAAAAAGCCCUCCAUUGCUGCAGUUGUAGGAAGUAUGGAUGCUCAUCCCAAUCGCUACUGUGCCACUGUUCGGGUCCAGCAGCACCGCCAAGAAAUCAUCCAAGAUUUGGCUGCCAUGGUCAGAGAGCUGCUGAUUCAGUUCUACAAAUCAACCAGAUUUAAACCAACUCGUAUCAUUUUCUACAGAGAUGGAGUUUCCGAGGGGCAGUUUCAGCAGGUUCUCCAUCAUGAAUUGCUGGCUAUCAGAGAAGCAUGUAUUAAACUAGAGAAGGAUUACCAGCCUGGAAUUACAUUUAUAGUUGUGCAGAAAAGGCAUCACACCAGACUCUUCUGUACAGAUAAAAAUGAGCGGGUUGGAAAAAGUGGGAACAUUCCAGCUGGUACCACAGUGGACACAAAAAUCACCCAUCCAUCAGAGUUUGACUUCUACCUGUGUAGUCACGCUGGUAUUCAGGGAACAAGCAGACCUUCGCAUUACCACGUCCUCUGGGAUGACAAUCGUUUCUCUUCAGAUGAGCUGCAGAUUCUUACCUACCAGCUGUGUCAUACAUACGUACGCUGCACUCGUUCUGUUUCCAUCCCUGCACCAGCAUAUUACGCGCACCUGGUUGCCUUCAGAGCCAGGUAUCAUCUGGUGGAUAAAGAACACGACAGUGCUGAAGGCAGCCACACUUCGGGUCAGAGUAAUGGCAGAGAUCAUCAAGCACUUGCAAAAGCAGUUCAGGUUCACCAGGACACGUUGCGCACUAUGUACUUUGCUUGACAUGUUUUAAUGUUUAGCGACUCAGUACAGUACCGAGUUGGAUUCACAUGAGACCAGCUGCACUUAGACCAACAGUUGCCCAAGCUCCAGUGACAGUCAGCAAUGAGUGAUGUAUCUUCAUUUUUUUUUCCCCCCUUUUUUUGCAAGAAAGCCUUCCGUCCAGAAUUUCAGACUUGGUUAUGAACUGCAUUCUUCUACAAAGCCCCACGAUUGUUGGAAAUGUGGUUUGCCAAAAUCUCUAAGCUGCCUGUUAUAAAACAGACCCAUAUUUUAUAAUUAAAUCAAGAGCUGUGAUCUCAGGGCUUAGGGGAAAAAACAAAACACAAAACUCUCCAUUGUUUGCUAUUCGUUUAAUUGCUUUUAAUAAUUUGGAGAGAUCUAAUUCAUUCUAAAGUUAAUGGGCUAAAAUGCUGCGAAUUAGCUUUUAAUACAAAGGAAAGCAAAGCGUUUUUUUGACUAUUUAUGAAGCCUUGAUUUCAUUCUGGAUGUAUUUCCAAUAGUUUUCUUCUCAAAAGAAAAUUGUGACAAAAUUCUGCUUUCCAACUGUCUUACAAAGAUUUUUCUCUCCGUGUCUAAGGGCAAAUGUAUUUUCUGAAGCUUGUUCUUGAAUGUUUUUUAUCGUGCUGCAUUUAAAAAUGUUUUUCAUAGACAAAAAGAAGAAUUUUAAAGCAGAACGAACGAACUUGUACCUGAACUUUUAGUAGGUGCAGUCAGAUUGGCAAAAGAGAAGGUGCCAUUUUUAAGAAAAGAAAAAGAAUUUAAAGAUUUUUUUUUUUUUUUUAAUCAUACUGACAGCUAACUUUAGAAUUUGUCAUACAGGACUGUGACACUCUCCAAAGUCUCUAAGGAAUACGGGUCUGUGGUGAUAAAUACAGUACAAUCCUCUUUCACUGUUAUGUUUGAAUUAAUGUAAAUUUUAUAUGUGUUUCACAGUAUUAAUGUGAUAGACUAGAUGCUAUUAUUUAUUUUUAUUUACUAAGGAGUGCUCAUUAUACUUCUGUUAACAUAUCAAGAAUGCUUUGGAUUUAGAAAUUAAAACCUUAUCGUGAGGACGUUACUAUUCAAAAGCAAAAAUAUGCAAUUGACUUUGAUGCGGGAGUUCAGAGCUGCGUGCAGAGGACAUUGUGUAGCCCGUCCUUUGGAGAAAGGCUUUUCGAAGCGUACACACAACGUAGCAGGCUUUACCUGUGCAGUCAAAGACGCACACGAGACCAACGUUCUGCAUCCAUUCAAGCACAAGCAAUUGUAUUUAAUUUAUGUGUUGGCGGUCGGUGAAGCUGGAGCUCUAAGAGAGGGAAGUGGUUUGAUGUUUGUCGCGUGGACAGAAGUCAGAGAAUCUAUGCAGUAAAGGUAAAUCUUAGGAAACUGAAGUUUACUUAGGAAGGGAGGUGAAACCUUCAUUAUGCGUGAGAGUUUGGCCGUUCUCUUAGGAGAAGCAUUAAUUAACUGAUAAUUAUUAGACAGACACUUCUGUUAGUUUGCACACUGGGUUCAUAAAAAACCGUAGUACAUAUGAAAACCAUUGCACUAAUGAUGAUGCCACAAGCAGGUGUAGAAGAAAAAGAAAAAAGCCCAGGAAAUGUGUUUAUGCUGACUUUGUUUUUGUUUAUUUUCAUAGGAAAACUUAAAAUCUGCCCUCUCAGUGUGUAUGUAAGGAUGUCGUUCUUUUCCAUUUUGCUUUGUCUUUUCCCUUUUCUCUUAGCAGAUGCUCAGUCACUGUUGUGCGUCCAUAUACCUCUAGCUGCUGAGCUGGGCCAGGAGCUGUAACCAAGGCAGAGGUCUGUGCCACGCAGCAGGGAGCCUGUAGCUGGCUGCUUAGUAAGCUAGGAAGUGCCCAGCCUUUGCUGCAUGAAGAGUUCUAGGUACGUAACUCAGUGCAGAUUCCAAGCAUCAGCUUGUAGCAGCGUGUUGGUGUUGUUUAGGUGAAACAACGAUGUCAAUCCUAUUAGCAGAUGAAGUGUGUUUGUGUUGUUGUCAUUUGUUGGUUAGCCUGCCAGGUCAGACCUUUGUCUCAUGAUUGAAUCUAGCUUUUCAGUGAUAGACAGUAUAACAGAAAGCAAACUCCGCGUCACGUUGUCUGUCUUCCCAUUUUCCAGCAGCCAGGCUGUACGUACCUCUCUCACAUGUACCGCUCACCUGCAAAAGCUUUUCCACAGUUGACAUGUUGCACUUCUGUGUGUUUGCUUAAUGCGUUUCGGAUUUCAGAUUUUAAUUCGGCAGAGUUUUAUAUAUGAAUUUAUUUUUAUAUGAAUUACUCUUGACAAAUACAAGGAAGAUCAAGCAUUUUAAAACUCCAGUUAUGUUAUUUGCUGCUUGUUACACGGAGACCUCUUGGAUGUGAAUUUCGUCCUUCUUUUCCCUCUCUGUGCAGUUCUGUCCUAACUGACUUCGUGCAGAUGGACAGAUAGGGUGAGGAGGACAGACAAUCUGUCUUGACCCCAAAUCUUCUUUCUGAAGCAGGUCACGGCACUCCCUGCAUCCUCUGGUGGAUGCAUUCUUUGGGCUGACAUAGUAGCUGUGGACUCUUAAUCUGAGAGUAGCCGUCAUCUGUGCGUCCUCUUGGAAUGAACAGAGAUUUUUGUGUAGUUUUCCUUCCCUGAGUGUGAAGAACUUGGGAUGGUUACAUGCAUUUCAGGCUGGAGACGUUUCUGCUUUUCACUGGUUUUUCAUCCUCUCUUACUGCCGAUUCUACAGCUUGAUUUCUCCGUCCUUUCCCUUGCUGCCCCUUUUCCCUGACUGACAAAUAAACAAAUAAUUUGAAGCCUUUUUGUAAAACAGUGUUGCUGAAGUACACCCCUAGAGAAUUACGAUGUGCUCUAAGCCCAGAAGCUAUCUUUCUGGCAAUGUUUUAAAAAUUCCAAGUAUUUCCUAUCCAAAAAGAAGGAGAAGAGGUCGGGGGGGGACCAUCAAACACCUCAAACCUUCCUGUUGGUAUUAUUUGCUUACCUCCCACGUGUUCUGUCAGAACAGCAGUAUCUCAGGUAAACACAAAGCUCAAAGUGUCUCUGUCUCGCAUGCGUUCCUGCUGUCGAAGUUGCAGCUGGGGUUGGCAGUUAUAACCACUGAGUCACCGUGCAGCUCAGGCCAGCAGUAACCAAAUGUGUUUUACCUUCUGACAGUUGUGUUUUGAGCCCAUGCAAAGGAGUCGUGUGACUGCAGUUGCAAAAGAGCACUGUGCAGGACCUCUUCCAUUGCAUUCCCUGUGCUCUCUGUUAUUUUCCUGGCAGUGACCUUCUGCUCGAAUUCAGCUGUUGGUGCAAGCUGUCGUGGUGCUUAGCAGUCUGAAAGUUGAUACUGAUUGCACCCUGGUGACAAAAAUAUCUCAUUCCCAUUGCAGGCAGGAGCGCCGUUACAGACAGACUGAUGCCAGUACUGCAGCAUUUCUUUUGUUUCAGAGCAGCUCACCUUUAGAAGAAUGUGCUUGAGAGAUGGACAGAUAUUAAUGAGUUGCUAUGGAUUAGUUUUCUGGAGUUUGUACUGAAAUGGUAACACUAUAGGCACAAAAAUACUCCAGUACUGAAGCAGGUUGUGGAAUCUCUGUCUUGGAGAGGCUCAGACUUGGCUAGGUAGGGGGCUGGGCAUCUCCAAAGAGCCCUCUCAGAGUACAAGGUUCUGUGACAAUCCCCAUAUUAACAAAAAUAAAAUAUAGAAGUUGUCUUUUCUCAUGUACUAGAUGUAAUACAGUAUUGCUUAGUUUUAGAAAUUUCUGCUUCAGUGGCUCAGUGGAAUGGAACAUACACAUGCAUCUUCUCCCACCUGGGAAUUAGAGUUGAGUCAAUGCUUAGGAGGAAAUAUCCUAAUGCGAAACGUUGGAAGUAGGUGAAUUUGUCUCUGCCUUAUGUGAUUUUGGCAUUUCAGAUAGCCCUAUGCAACAUUGAUACUUCUCGUCUGUAUGCACUGAUGUAAAGUCACUUCUGUAUAUUAGAACUCCUUAUUCUGACUUGGUUCAAAUUGGAGUGCUCCAACUGUAAUAUUUGGAUUGCUGAGUUACAGUCAGUGAUCUUCCAUGUUGCAGAAGUUUUGGUCGAUUUCCUCACGUUUAGGUCUGUCACAAGAAUUUGAAAUAACUUUCGAAGGGUAGAUGUGGGCUUUGAGGUUCUUCAGUGCCCAGGUAGCCUGAUGAAAAGAUGGAAGUUCCUCAUUGAAUUAAGAUGCUUUUGAAGCUUUAUCAGAAGUCAUGUGUGCUUGCACAGAGAGGCUUUGUAUUUGAAAGCAGAUUGGGACGCGGAGUGCUUUGCACACUGCUGCCUACACUAUUUCCUUACUGCAGCAAUAAAUGGUCAUGUGCAUCUCUCCUCUAAAAACCCCAAUCUUUUUCAUACCAGUGAGUCUCUGUACUGGAGGCUUCUCCUUGUGCUGGAAGAGCAGGUGUGGAUGGGGGCCAUGCUGCCUCUUGGUGUCAUCCAGUAAGCAUUUCUGGUGGCACGGAUACAUUUUACAUAGAAAAAAGGAAUGUAAAGAAGUUCUGUUAGUUACACUUGAUACCAGUGUAAUAAGUUAACUUUUCCUAUUUGUUUUAAUACUAUUCUCCUUCAGUAACCUCUCUUUGUGUGUGUGUGUGUUUGUCCUGACCCGUGUGCUUUCUCAAUUUCUAAUACAGAAAACAGUACAUUUUUUUACUUUUAUAUUACAUUUGGCAAUGGGCUUCUUGUUGCACUCUUGCAGUCUUUUCUAAAGAAAACUUUAAGUAGGAGGUAAUUGCACUGAUUGUUUUUAAACUCCCUUUUUACUGUAAGACUUCUUUGGCAUCUGCUGUAGCUGUUUAAAAAUACUGUAAAUAGUGCUCUGUAUAGCAGAUCCUGAAAUGCUGUGGAUCCCAGUCCUUGUACUUCCAUUGUAGAAAUACUGCCGUAUUUUACAGUAUUUGAGAUAUGAGCUUUAGUUUUCAGUGUUGUUAUACUUGGCUUGCAUUAUGGUAUGAAUCCAAGGGCACAGUUGCUUUCUCACGUGUUUCCUAGCUUCUUUCAGCAUUUGAUUCCUGCCUUGUGUUGGGAAGAACCAAUCUCUGCGGCAGAAUUAGUAGAAUAAUAGGGAAUUGGGAUGGAAGUUACUAUGCUGGGAUGCAGAACAGCAAGGUUUGUCCCCAGCGGGUUAGUGACUGGAAGGGUGCAUCCCUCCAAAGAUGCUCUCAGUCUGAUGGAGAUGAGGUUUGUAGUGUGUGCGUGGUGUGGUACGCAAUCAGUUUUGUGCUUCAGUUGCUUUUCCUGUGUUGUUUCGUUGCCUGAAGUGUUAAUAUGAAUGUAAUGGCUUGGCCAAAUCACUACAAAAGGUGUUUUUAUAGGACUCUUAGUUAGCAAGCAGAUGCAGUUCAAGGCUACCUCCUGUGUUCUUCUGCAGUUAAAUUAAUUUGUAAAGUGAACCUACUACUACAGCAGCCAAAAUGCUCCCAGAUCAACUGUAUCUUACUGCUUUGUUCCUUGCUGGAGAGCUGCUGGUGCCACACUGUGAUCUUGGACGUCUUCCUGAUGUGUAGACAUGGCACGUGUCCAUGCCAAGGUGGUUGUUGAAGUCUCAGAACUAGCAAGGCAGAUCUCAUCCGGCACGCCUGCUUUCAUGCAGUCCCUUUACCUUCUGCCCGUUCUCUUGCUGAGUUUGUAUACUGUUGUUUCCAGAUGAGAAACGUUUUUCAUACUUUAGCUGUUGGCUGAAAAAUUUCAUCAUGUUUUCAUUGCAAAUGACAUGAAGGUGCUUGAAAAUAUAUUUUGAAUCUGAGGUAAAAUAUAUAUAUAUAUAUAUAUAUAUAUAUAUAGGAGUAUUUUUUUAACACUUUUUGGAUAAGUUGACGUGAGACUGUAAUGUUGAGAAUACUUUAUUCCCUGCUCAGACCACAUUUGAUAAACUUUAAAAUGGAGGGAAAAAAAAGAAAGAUUUGGAGUAUUGUUUGUAUUGUGUCGUUUUGGUGCAGAGCCUCGGCCUAACUCAGUCCUGAAGUAAGCGCACGCCAACUAAAGGUGCUUUAAAUAACCUCAAUAGAAACUGUAGAAAGCUGCAUUAAUACAUCACUGUGUUUACAAUGCAUCCAAACAAGCUUCCUCAUUUUAUAAGUAACCACUCUGCUGACAGAAAUGCUACCUGGUUGGGCACAAUGUGCUGGUGUUCUUUCAUGGCACUCUUCUAGCUUACGGGCUUCGUGCUCUGGAAAUUAGCAUUUCAGAAAGAAGUUAGUCCAGGAUUGCUUGCUACCUGCAAUGUCUUCAUCUUUGGCCACAGAUGUGAAUGAGGCUUAUUUCUGGCAGGGAUGAUGGCUGAUGUUCUGGUUUGUGGAAGAAUUCUUGUUGAGCAGUGGUGAGUGACUGAAUAAAUAAGUUCAUCUAAUAACUAAACGGGAUGAUCUCCUAAACAGUCUAUCCCAUUUGCUGUUACAACUUAACAAGGCUCCCUGCAAAAGCAUGAAGAGAAGUGUUUUGCUCUAGGGGGAAUGGCUCCUUUCAGAAAAUAUUUCACUAUGUCCUGCUGUUAAAAAUCUACAGACACUAUUGGCAUUGCUGUGGCCUCAAAGAGGUUUCUGGGCACUGAACAUACUUCUCUAUGAGCAAAACCUUAUAAAACAACGAGAGGAACAUUGUGUGCUUCAUAGAAAGGUCUGCAAACCUGAAAGAGCAUCAGGACGAGCUCAGCACUGGAUGUCAAAUAAUGAGAAAUGCCAUCUGUGCCAUGCAGCUACCCCAUCCUCCAUGGAAAUAAGGCAAGGUGAAACACUACGCACUGCCCAAAAGGGCAGUGUUGGUGGGUGGGCCCCUGAAAGUUGGGCUCUGCUUUCAGCCUUCAGUAUUGCAGAGGAUUUAGGAUUUGGUUGGAGUGAGGACAGGAACAUGUGCUGAAUUUGCAGGUGAGAGGUUGGUGGGAAUUGGUCUUGGAGUUUUGCACUUGGCAGUGCUAGAAAUGUGAAUGGCUGCCAUUCCCUUCCUCCUUUCUAAACAUCUUCAUAAGAAUAACUAUUUACAGUUUGUCCCUGUACUGCCUCAACAGAUGUGUCUUAAACUGCCUGUGGCAGCUCUCCAGCCAACCAGCUUACCCAUCGUUCUGAAGAGCCUCCAGUUGGCAUCAAAAGGCUGUGUUAAAGGGUGUAUUUGUUUGUAAAUAGUGGCUUUGCGUGCACAGAUUGCUUCCCCCCAUCCUUUUUGAUGUGUUGUACUCAACUGAAAUACCAGCUGUAAUAGUUGCUAUCUCAGCAGCAGUUACAGAUAUGGCUUAACCUCAGAAUAAAUUUAUGAAUUGGCCCUAAAGCAUAAAUUUAAACAUUUAGGAUCCUGAAAAAUGAGUUGAGACAUUUCUGCCCAUUUUGGUUUCAAGUGUGCUUGGCAAACAUGAGCAGUGAGAAGGUCAGCAACCAAGCUUGGGAGUUUCUAAUCCGGUCUCUGGUUCAGUUUGUAUUUCCUUGGUUAGAUUUCUCAUCAGAAAAAUGCAUGUGAUAUGGAUUCUAUUCUUUCUUUAUCAGCUUUUCCUGUUCCCACAUACACAGACAGGAAGCUUCUUUCUUAUCAGGGUAUGUAAAGCUGUGUGGUUGUGCUUGUCAUGCAUGCAACUCAAAGCAGAUGUAGUGUGUGCUGUAUGGGCACGGGCACCUGGCAGCGGGUGGGAUCGAGCCCAUCAGGUAUGGACACAACAGGCAGAGAAGUGCGUGUCCAGAUUUCACUAAUAUUAAUCCUGCAUCAUCUGAAGAUGGUCAGAACCCACUGUUUCUGUGCUAUAAAAAAGGAGAUAAUACUGACCCUGGCUCUUUUGUUCCUCAUUUUCUCAUUAGACAUGUAAAGCUGAACCUUAAAUUUCUCAUCUCAUUUACACAUGACAGUGCUGUUACUUUAUCUUAAAUACCAUGUCUCCAAUUGCCUGCCUGACUUGAAUCUUUAAUUGAUCUUAAAUUACCUCUCAGUGUUUAAUCCCUAGAAUGUCUCUAAAUUAAAUGAAGAUUGUUGUAUGUGCCCAUUCUUUAUUACCUAGUGUUUGGCAGCAGAAAUAGUUUGUGUUUUUUUUGAUUAUAUGGAGGGAAGGGUGAGAUAAUGUAUGAAUUUGCUCAUGGAAGAAGAUGGGCUUGAGGAGUAAUUACUGGUAGACUGUCUGGGAAAGCACCACAUCAUCUUCUGGGGGUGGAAGCAAAGGCAAAACAUGAGUAAGGUUCAGAAUUACGUCUCCAUGGAAAACUAAAUCAUAAAUUAAGAAAGUACAUCUGGCAAAUUUGUGGGCUGUUCUGAAAGGUUAUGGUUUUUUUUGGUGUGAUUUGUUGGUUGAGCUUGGAAAAUGAUGUGUGUACACAGGGUGUGUGUGUGUGUGCUUGUGUGUGUGUGUGUGUGUGAAAGCUGAGUGUGGCUCUUUGUAUAUAAAAAUAUAGAAGCAGAAUUCUGCUGGGAACAAUAAGCACAACUUCACUGGCUUCCAUAGCGCCUUGUGAAGUUAUGCAACCACAAAAUCUCAGACUUGAGGGCUGUUUGUAAAUACAGACCCAGUCCCAUGUUUCUGUGCAGCAAAGUGGUUAACUGAUGAUGGGAGGAUGAGACAGAGAACAGAAUGUAUUAAAUCCUUUUUCCUUUAAUUCGGUACACUGCAGACUUAAUGAACAUCUGCUGAGGUUCAAAUCUUCUUUUAAUUUUUUUUUAAUUUUUUUUAAUUAAAAAAAUGGAAAAAGAACCAAUGAUUAAUUCAGAAAUGUAUGGUAUGCAUUCCCUGGAAGCAAAAAUGUUUUUGUAACCAUUUUACUAUUUUUUUGAAAGCAAAAAAAGCAGAGAUGUGAAGGGCCUCAUUUCAAGUGGUACUACGUGUGUGUUGACUGUGUCGCACCUGUACUCAUGUCGUUUGCUUGCGGUGUAUCAAUGCUGUAGUGCUGGUUGGAUAGGACUGGCACUUGUCAUACAAAAACGAGGUGUAGAAAUACCCUCACCUGACUUUUAAAUGCAUCCAUGGCAUUGUAGGGCUUAUUGCAUAGGUGAGGUGUUGCUCUGUGUUACUCAGAACUGCUGAGGCUCUGUGUAGGUGUGGAGAGUCGAAAUGCCCCGUAUGUAUCUUGAUGACGCAGCGUAACGUUUGUGUGAUGCUGUGUGGCGAUGCUACUUUAAGCCUUAAAACAAAGAUAAAUUUGUCAGAUUUUCUCAGAGUAUGCAAAAAGUACUGUUUAAUGAGAGUAGGAUGUUCCUGUAAAGCUGAGCUAGUAAAAAAAAAUGUUGUCUUCUCUGAGAUGGAAAGUGAAACCUGUAGAUCUCUAUACUGUGACCCACCUCUGUAGGCAGUGGCUGUCAACGUGGCCCCGCAGAAGCUGAUGAGAUGCUCUGGCAGCCUGCCCCAAUUCUCAGUUCCCAGCUUUAUGUGUGUUGGAUGUGUUGUGCUCCCUCCCCCUGCUAGGAGAUCUCUGCCUGGAGGAGGAUGACGACUUAACACUUAUUUGGUGUUGGAAAAACUCUUCUCAAGGUGUGUGCUUGCUUCAGAUAGUGCCAUCGUUCCCCCUUCCUGUGCCCGACGUCUGAUCCUUAAACCAUUUGAACCAGGGGCAAACCAAGCAGUGGGGACCCAGCUUUCUUUGUCCAUUUGGAUCUACCUCAUGUAAACAGUUGGGUGCUAUUUACUCAAAUUGUCUCAGAUGAGAUUGGCAAAAAGCGACCAAACUGCGUGUGAUGGCCGCCCUCGGCAGAGGCGGUCUUCCGCAACCCAAACCCUUUGGGUUUCUUCUUUGCAGAUGACAGUGUUGUAUUUGAGUUGUGUCCUUCGUGCCUUUGUGUUUGGUUUUUUUUUUUCUUUUUCCCAGUGCAUAACAAUCAAAGAUCGUGUCCUUGAUUAAGAACAGCCAAUGAAUUUUAACCACAAAGUUUAAAUUUAAAGAAGCAGCAAAGUAGUUUUAGCAGAUGUUAUUUUUCAGAGUAUCAGAUCCAAGUGUACAGUAUCACAGCAGAACUAGGCAAAGAGAAACAGCCAACUAAGAACUCUUUUUGAGAUCUAUAUAUAAUCCCUACCCUAGAGAUGUACCUCUGUGUAUCCAUCCGUAUGCGUAUAUAUACAUACAUAGCACAGCUGUGUGCGUGUAUAUAUAAAAUGGAAGGAUAUGUGGGUAAGGGAGUAAAACGUCAUUGAGUUUUCCACACUUUUCUAUGGAACAGUUUACAACUCUGUGUAAGUUUUUCUACUAUGUGAACCUUUUUUACAUUAAAAAAAAAAAAAAAAAGGAAUUCCUUUUUGGAAAAUUUAAGUUGUGAUAUAUACUAUCUUUUUUUGAAGUUGGGAAAAAAUCAAUCAAGUUUUUACCAAUACCUAAUAUGGGGGAGGGAGGCGGGGGGGGAAUCUCUUCUGUACAAUUGUAUUUAGUUUAAAUAGCAAAGAAAAAUGAUGUAUGGGAUUGUAAAAGUGCUGACAUUCCGUGGUGGCAGGACUUCCAAGUGUUUCCUAAGGCUUUCUGCUGCAGAGAGACUCGAACAAAAGGAAAAUGCCUCUGUUAAAUGUUUUUAUAAAACUGCUCCAUCAGGUCUAUACUUAAGCUAUAUUUUCUAAAGCCUAAUCAUCCUUUAAUAUGCUGCAUAUAAAUUAUCAGCAUGGUUGCACUUUCUCAAUAAUAAUGUAUGCCCUACAAUUGGCUCAUGAUAAGGACUUUAGUUUUUUAACAAAACAGAUAGUACUUUGGGCAGAAGGUAAUAUUUAUAUAGGUACCUCAAGAAAAAAAAAGAGCCUGAAUAUGCUGCAUUUUGUUCCUUUAACAUUUUUCAUGUAGCAUUUGUUUGCUUUUGUUUUUGUAGUAGACGACCAGCUACCUGUUUGCUUUGGGGGACCCCAGUAGCAUUUUCUGUUCCGCUCGUAGGAUGUCGUGUCCUGCCUUGGUUGCAUGCAGUAGCUCGGGACGGGGUUUGCCCUGCAUUGCGUAUGCAACGGGGAGGGGGGACCACGAGGACAUUGCUUUAUGUAGGCUUCAGGAAAAGGAUGCCAUAUUCCUAAAACAGACAAUAGAUGUUCUGAAUGGUGAAUUUGCUGUACCACUUUCUUGACUCUUUGGAAUGCAGAGAGGAGGCAGCUGAUUAACGAGGGAAGCCCAACAGCCUGAGCUUACCCUGUUUGGUCCAUGUCCUGAGGUGGCUCGGCCGUGCUUCCCAACCUCUGGCUUUGGGGAGAGCUGCUCCCUGCGGUGUGCCCCGCUCCCUGAGCUCGGGCCGCUUGCUGGUGUGGGUGCAUCUUCUGCUGCUUUGUUUCUGAGUCAGUGAAAACCUAAAAACAUGCAGAGGUGGGAAUUUUUGUUGAGAGCUGUUGAAGGAAGCUUCAGAGGCUGUGAAGUUGAGCAUUUAUUGUCAUGUUCUUAAGCUUAGGUGGGUCCUUUUCCAAGUUUGUUUUACAGCUUGCAAGGUAAAAUAGUUUGCACUACUUUUGCAAUAAACUCAUGAAAAACCUAACAGUUUCUGUUUUGGUUUCUUACUGUAUAUAUACAACUAAUACUAAAGAUUUAGCAUAGUGUUUCUCACCUCAAAACAUUAAGACUCGUAACAAGCUCAGAAUGCUGUAAUUCCUGACAAAAUAAUGAUGUGAAUGAUAUUUUAUAAAGUUAUUUUGUAUGGUGUCAAUUUUGUUUUGCCUCAUAGUAUGUCAAUAAAAUAAAAUUUCUCAUCUUUA